GUUUUGCAACUUAUAUUCUGUGCACCGUGAAGGGUGCCCUGCUCACUCAACAUUGUUUUGACAAGUUGUCUUAUCUUAUCGGGACAAAAGAUAAGAUAGAAUAUGCAAUGUGUAACUCGUAAUUGUGAGUGUAACCUCUUAACAUUCAGUAUCGUUUCCAACAGUUUAACAGUGUUUUUGGUGAAAGUGUCUACUGCCGUGGAACUGAAUGUAUUAAGCUAAUAGUUGAUGACAAGAAAGAUGAAAAUGGAGACGGAAAUUUGUGUAGUCACACUGAAUUGCUGGGGUAUUCGGUUCAUUUCAAAGGAUCGAGUGCAACGAAUGAAUGCUAUCGGCGAUGAGUUGGCGACUGGAAAGUAUGAUUUCGUAUUUCUUCAGGAAAUAUGGACUACGGAAGAUUACGAGAGGAUCAAGAAGAGGACAAGUGAUGUACUACCGUACUCGUAUUAUUUUUAUAGUGGAGUCAUUGGAGCUGGAAUAUGCAUCUUUUCCAAAUCUGAAAUUAAAAGUGCAUUCUUCCACCAGUGGGCAGUUAAUGGAUAUAUUCAUAAGGUUCAACACGGAGAUUGGUUCGGGGGUAAAGGAAUUGGAAUGGUAGAAGUUGUACACAACGGUCUCACGAUUAAUUUGUACACAGCUCAUCUUCAUGCUGAAUAUGACCGAGUUAAUGACGAAUACCUUGCUCAUCGUGUGAUUCAAGCCUUUGACACGGCUCAAUUCAUUAAGAUGACCUCGAAGCAUGCAGACGCCGUGAUUGUGGGUGGUGACUUGAAUACGGAACCUGGGGAUCUGGCUUAUAAAGUUAUAAUUCAUACAGCAGAGCUCAAGGAUUCCAUUUGUGAUGUGGAGAAACCUUCUCUGGCGGAAUCACUAAACACGAACGAAAUACCGAGUAACAGCUAUUCAUCUUCUGCACAAUUGAAAACAAAUCCCUUUGGGAAGAGGAUUGACUACAUUUGUUUUAAAAGCAAAUAUGGAGUCAGUGUAAAGACCAUAUCUUCCGAAGUUCCCUGGCCAAAUCGUGUUCCGAAUGAAUCGUUCAGUUAUUCCGAUCACGAGGCAGUGGUUGCAAAACUAAGAAUUACGAAAUCGACAUCAGUUGACAAGAUAGACGUCCCUGAAGGUCAAAAUGAUGCUAAGAAAGAAGUGAUACUUGAAUCCAUUAAUAUCUGCUCUGCUGCAAUGGAGCACUUGCAAUUCAGCAAGAAAAUGUACUUUGUUAUAUCCCUUGUCUGCCUUUGUUGCUUAUUGGCUUUGGGAUCCUUCGACACAACAGGAAAUUGGUGGGUACUUUUGCCAAUCCUCCGCAUCCUAACACUUCUUGUACUAGUCUUUGGCGUCAUCAUGGGUUCUGUUUGGAAUAGAAUGGAAGUGAAUGGCAUUUUGGCCGGAAUGUUGGCAAUGAAACUUGAAAUAGGAAGAUCCGCAGAGUUUGAUGACUUUGACGAAUUGGGAGCAUGUGGGGAUCGUGCUGUUACAGUGUCACCCAUUGACUGUGCGCCAUAACAAUAUAAUAUUAACGCGUAUAAUUCACGAUUAAUUAUCUUAGAUCGUCUUCCUUCUCAAUCAGUGGUAGCUGAAAUUAUAUAAAAGAUGCAUUCCCUUUUGUGCAGCGAGUUUGUCUGUCUUGUCAUGACUUUCCAGUUUCAGUAAUUAGUAGGUUAGAAUAUAAUGUACCUAAUUAGUUAUAGUUAAAUUAUCAUUAAGAAAUUGUUUCGGGUAAUAUUAGCUAAUGAACGGCCAAUACAAUUGUGAUGACUUUUGGUCUGUAAAGCAUUCUUUUUCUGAGAAUUUUUUAACUGACUAGUUUAUCACUUUCUUCUCCGACAACAAAUGCUAUAUUUCGUCCUAUUGUUGGUGCAUAAUUAGUUAAUUCCUAUUCUAUAUACAUAUUUAUUGUUACCAUAAUUCAUAAUGAAGCUGUCCCUACGAAACUCAAGAAUAACCACAAUAACUAUUUGGUGCUUGUGUAUAAAUACUAAUAGAACUAUAAGUUGGCUCAUAUAUAUUAUUAUGUAUAUCACUCAUAGAAUUAGAUGUAUUAUACUAUACCAUCAUCUAUAUAUGUUGUACAAGUGGACUGACAGUUGUAAUUGCAAUUUUGUUAUUAAUAUGGUAUUUAUCUUAUAUUAUAGUACUAUUAAGAUUUAAUGAAAAUUCAUUGGCUCAUGUAUGCGUUGUGAAUUAGUUUGCGUAUCAAACUCGAUGUCAAAAAUAAAUUAUGAUAAAUAAAGUUAUCGUUGAAAAAUCA